AUUUUAAAAUAAAAAAAAGAAAAAAGAACUUUAACUCUAUCUUCGAAGUUCGAACACAAAAUAUCGGGCUUAGUAAUUCGUCAAUUUUUAUUUAGCUGGGACAUAUAAAGGAAUGAUCACGAAGAUAUUCACAUUAUGGUUAUUAAAUUUUUAUACAACGCAGCACUAUGUCCAAGGAUAUGUGAAGCUGGCUAAUGGAAUAAUGUAUGAAGUUGUCACUGAUCUUAAAAACUUUAAUGAUGCUGAAGCUUACUGCAGAAAUUUAGAUGGACUACUGCUUUACUCGAUAACAAGUACAUCAGUACAAAAUGCACUGAGUAAUGCUAUAACAAGCAACCUAACCUGGAAUGCCCACUCUUCCUAUUGGAUUGGCUUAGAUGAUACUAUAACCGAAGGAAGAUUUAUAUGGAACAAAGGAGAGGCUUUAGAGAGUGGUGAUUAUACUAACUUCCACUCUUCAGUUGGAGCACAAUCACAUGAAAAUAAAGACUGUGUGAACAUUGACAAAGCUAGUUCUUGGCAGUGGUUAGUCAGUAACUGUGCAGAAAGGAAACCAUUUAUUUGUCAAAAAGCUACUUGCCAACAUCAGCCUAAUAUUGGUCCAACGGGCACAAGAACUGACAUCCCAGCACUUGACUGCCCUGUCAGCUGCCCUGCUUUUCAAGAUUGCAUUAACAAAGUGUGCAGGUGCAAUGUUAUUUUCAAGGAGGAUUCCAGAAACUGUGAUGAGUCUUCAGGCAUAACAGCAACACAUGAGGAAGUAUUGGAUGGUAAGACUUAUCUUUUCUUUAAAGAACGUGCAAGGUAUACAGAGGCUUCAGAUUUUUGCAAAGACACCUGGGGCCGCUUAGCCAUGCCAAAAUCAAAGGUUGUGAAUGAUUUUAUCUACACAAAAGCACGCAUGCACCUCUUGGCUUUUGACUCUACAGUAUGGAUUGGAUUACUUCAAACCAACCCACAAAACUUUUAUGAGAAAGAUGAAUGGGCAUUUUCAGAUUAUGAAUCUGUUAACUUGCCACCAGAGUUUGGAGACAUGACUGUAGGUGGAGAACUUCCAUUGUAUACGUAUAACUUUACCACUCUAACGGAGCGUUGGCAUUUUUUUUAUUUUGCCACUGAGCCUUGGUACAACCGCCAGGAAGCCAUAGAUCAUUGUGCACUCACAGGUUCACACUUUCCCUAUUUACUGCAUAAAAGUGAGCAUGAUAGACUUAUCGCGUUGUUAAAGGUAUAUUCACCAAUAUGGUUUCGGGCAAAAGAACAGAAUAAUUAUCCUGGAUACUACGAUUUCAAUGGUAUGUGGUUGGAUUUUGCCCGAACUAAUGAAGAUUUGAGGUCAUUUCAUUGGUCUGAUGGCACUCAAAUAUUUAUGCCACGUCAAUGGUAUCAUAAUCAUGAUUUUCCACUACCAACAGAAGAGCAACUCGCACGUAAGUUUUUAAAGAAUCAUUGUAAAUGUAUUUUUCAUCGAUAUACCACGGAUCAGGGGGGUAUCCAGGAACUUAAAAAGGGGAGGGGGGUGCGCAAGUUUUUGUUUAGAAAAUGGCCGCGUAUAAACACAACUCGCCUGAUAAAAGCAUCGCCUGACUAACACAAAAUAACGCACACACUCGAUUACAUAUCUCCAGGUUCGUUUAAUUUGCCAAGUGGAAAUAUGGUUUUAAUUCAGCCUUGAACUUUCACAGUCCGUAAUGCGCAUGUUUCCAUAUUAAUAUGUGCGUAAAUCAAACUACAGAUCGUAUGGAAGCGAAUAAAACAUUUGUUUUAUAACAAUCUCGUUUGUAAUGUAACAAUUGUAAUGGUUUAUUAAAGUUAUUCUGGCGUAAUUAAUCGUUAGAUUAUUCACGAUGGACAUGCGUAAAACUUACACCAAUGUUUUAUUUAUUAAAAAGACGUUUCUAAUUAAGUAUAAAUAAUGUAAUAUUGGCCCUAAUUUACCGCAUAAUGUAGAAAAGAAAGAUUAGUGUGCAAAACCAAUAUCUAAAGCGUUUAUUUCGCUUCAGAGAUAACAUUGUUUUUUAUCUGUAUGACAGACUCCUUUUAAACGUGCUAGUUGCACCACUGGCUGCAAAAGUUAUAAAUGCUUUUUAAUUAAAUAAUUUUUAUUGGAAAUUACGAAACGAGACGUCUUUUUAACCGCAAUACACGUCAGGGCUCUACAUUAACCUGUUUUAGGUGCUUGUCCAAAGGACAAGUUAAUACAUUAGUUUACUUGUCCCAACGAAAUUUUUACUUGUCCUAAUGAAAUGAACAAUUUCAUCAAACGCGGCAUAUUUUGUAACAUGCAUUAGCAAUGCUAUGUUCAAACCUCAAUGUAUGCAAUGUAUACUUCAAUACUUGUACGUUG